AUGUCGUAUAUGAAAGGCGGAUUUGUCCAUAGGAGGCAUGACGACGUGCGAGACCCGUUCGCAUCCCUUCUCAAGGACGUAUGUCAUGAUGAGGUCAAGCCACACCUUCAGCCUUUGACAGGAGAAGUUUUAAUCAGCAGUGCGAACUCCUAUGACAAGGCUUGUUUGGAUGUCAGCGGGCGCGGUUUUUGGCAAAGGGGGCAACGUGCAUUUUUUGAUGUCAGGGUUUUUAACCCGUUUGCAAAGAGACACCUUAACCAGAAAGUUGACAGGGCUUUCUCGAGCAAUGAGAACGAGAAUAAGCGACACUACAACCAGCGAAUUAUUGAAGUCGAGCAUGGCUCCUUCAGCCCUCUCGUGUUCUCACCAUAUGGUGGAAACGGUAGAGAAGCCGAGCGAUUUCUUACAGAACUAGCU